AUGGUUAUCAACGAAAAUGAAAGCGAGAUAAUAAGUUGUCAGUGCCAUGACUGUGCUGCUUCAGCAGGAGGCUGCAAGCAUGCAGUCGCUUUUUUGAUGUGGGUACAUCGGCGCAGUGAGGAACCUCCAUCUACUUCGGUGGAAUGUUAUUGGAAAAAGCCAACAUUGUCAAGAGUAGGGACUACUCUGAAGUACAUCACGGUGUAG